AAUACAGGCGGAACCGUCUGUAAUUCUUAAAGUAGGGGCGAUGGAUGGGAAAGCCAGCACCAGCAAGGGGCUUUCCCCUAGUUUUCCGGGGACUUCGGGAGCAUCUCUCCGGGGACCCUCCACUAAGCCUAAACGGCAGCUAGGGCAGAGCAAACGGUCCUUCUCUGAUCUUCGUAUGGCUACCAAGAUCCUGGAGCGCUACGGUGGGCAGAAUGACUCUCAGGUAUCUGAGAAGCAUUCCCAGACGCUCGAGUGGGCCAGGAAGGUCAUCAGAGGAGCAGAGGAGGCCAGUGAAAAGGGAGUGGAAGCGAAUGCGCCACAACCGGACUCGGGAGUUAAAAGACAGCGCUCCCAGGAAGAGGAUAUCCCUCAAGAGAAGAGGCCCAGGAUUGGUGGUGGCCCGCCAAAAUCAUUUAGCGAAGUCGCUAAACAGGCGGGCUCGAUCAUUCUGGGCAUAAUGGACAGCGGUAAAGAAGACGGCGCCAUCUCUAGGGAAGAAUGGAAGAGGGUAGCGUCCGCCAUAUCCGCAGUAUUUAUGAGGGUAGUGAGGGAAAACCCUGGCCCCCCCCCAAGCUGUGAAAGUGCGGGAUGGCACUACGGUUCAUACAAACGUAUAGUCUGCGCUGACGAACGGUCAGCCUCAAUGUACAGGGCGGCAGUAGCCUUGGUGGGAGAGGUGUGGGAGGGAGCGAAGCUGAGGGUUGUGGACCGAAAGGAUCUACCUGUACGUCCGCGAGCACGUGUCUGGCUCCCCUCCGAACCCUCUGCCUCGAAGGAGAUGGAGGAAAUCCUCCGCUAUUGCAACCCUACACUUCCCACGCACAACUGGAGGGUGGUGAAGGUGGAGAAGACUGAGGGAUCCUAUCGGCAAGCGCUGAUUCUGCUGAAUGCAGAGUCCCUCAGUCCUCUCGCUGAAGCAAAAGGGGUCAUUAACUAUGGCUUCGAGAAGGUAGUCCUUAAGGUCUACCAAACCGAUGCCAGAGGAGAUGCCCCUGCACAUCCGGACGUGCUGGGAGACGUAAUGCCCACAGUGGAGGAAGCUCCUGUGGACAUGGAAGUGGAAUCCGUCAUGUCGGAGGUUGACAAUGCUGAUGACGUUCGCUCUUUACCGGGGUCCGUCAUAAGCAUCGGGUCGUUCUUCGACAGGGCGGAGGAGGAGAGGCUUCUGGCCUCGGAAAGCGAGGACGCCGUCCUUGGGGGGAUGGAGAGGAUACUGGAGGAUGAAUAUUCUUCAGAUAAAUCUUCAACACUCUAAGGCGGCGUCCGCCAACCUACUAAUCCACCUUGAGCAAGGUGGAGCUGAUAUAGUCCUGAUCCAGGAACCGUGGCUGAGCAGCAACGGCAUUUCUGGGCUCAGGACGAAAAGCUACAAUCUGGUGGCGUAUAGCGGGACAGCAAUGAAGACAUUGUAACGGUGAGCCUGGAGGGCCCUUCUGGGAAAAUAUGGCUGAUGUCAGUCUACAUGGCACAUGACGACGAGGUGGAACCGCCUCCGGUGCUGCUAAGGAAAACCCU